AUGCGCAUUGCGUCCUGCUUUUGGCCGCUCCGCGCAUCGCGCCGACCAGGCCGCCGCCGUCGCAAUGCACAAUGCGGCCACCCUGCCGGCCGCAUUGCGACGAUCCGCCACCGUGAUGCGCUAACCCGCCGCUCCCAUACGCUCUCAUUCCCUCUCACCCACUCUCUUACGCUCUCAUUCCCUCUCACCCACUCUCUUACGCUCUCAUUCCCUCUCACCCCAUCUCUUACGCUCUCAUUCCCUCUCACCCCCUCUCUUACGCUCUCAUUCCCUCUCACCCACUCUCACACCCUCUCAUUCCCUCUCACCCACUCUCAUACGCUCUCAUUCCCCCCACCCACUCUCAUACGCUCUCAUUCCCUCUCACCCACUCUCAUACGCUCUCAUUCCCUCUCACCCACUCUCAUACGCUCUCAUUCCCUCUCACCCACUCCCAUACGCUCUCAUUCCCUCUCACCCUCUCUCAUACGCUCUCACUCCCUCUCACCCACUCUCAUACGCUCUCACUCCCUCUCACCCACUCUCUCACGCUCUCAUUCCCUCUCACCCACUCUCAUACGCUCUCAUUCCCUCUCACCCACUCUCAUACGCUCUCCUUCCCUCUCACCCACUCUCAUACGCUCUCAUUCCCUCUCAUCCCUUCUCAUCCCCUCUCAUUCACUCUCAUACACUCUCCUAUACUCUCAUACUCUCUCAUCAUCCCUUAUCAUACACUCUCAUUCACUCUCAUCCCCUCUCAUCCUCUCUCAUCCCAUGUCAUUCCCUCUCAUAUACUCUCACACCCUCUCACUAUCAUAUACACUCUCAUCCCCUCUUAUACACUCCCCAACACACUCAUACACUCUCAUCCCUGCUCAUCCCCUAUCAUCCCCUCUCAUCCCCUCUCAUCCCCUAUCAUCCCAUCUUAUACACUCUCACCCACUCUCAUACGCUCUCAUUCCCUCUCACCCACUCUCAUACGCUCUCAUUCCCUCUCACCCACUCUCAUACUCUCUCAUUCCCUCUCACCCACUCUCAUACGCUCUCAUUCCCUCUCACCCACACUCAUACGCUCUCAUUCCCUCUCACCCACUCUCAUACGCUCUCAUUCCCUCUCACCCACUCUCAUACGCUCUCAUUCCCUCUCACCCACUCUCAUACUCUCUCAUUCCCUCUCACCCACACUCAUACGCUCUCAUUCCCUCUCACCCACACUCAUACGCUCUCAUUCCCUCUCACCCACACUCAUACGCUCCCAUUCCCUCUCACCCACUCUCAUACGCUCUCAUUCCCUCUCACCCACUCUCAUACGCUCUCAUUCCCUCUCACCCACUCUCAUACUCUCUCAUUCCCUCUCAUCCACUCUCAUCAACUCUCAUACGCUCUCAACCCCUCCCAUCCACUCUCAUCCCCUCUCAUCCCCUCUCACACACUCUCAUUCCCACUCAUCUCCUCUCGUCCUAUCUCACACACUAUCAUUCCCCCACAUUCACUCUCAUCUACUAUCAUACACUCAUAUUCACUCUCAUCCCCUCUCAUCCCCUCUCAUCCACUCUCAUCCCCUCUCAUCCACUCUCGUUCCCCUUCACACACUCUCAUUCCCUCUCAUACACUCUCGUACCCUCUCUUCCACUCACAUUCCCUCUCAUCCCUUCUCUUCCACUCUCAACCCCUCUCAUCCCAUCUCUUCCACUCUCAUUCCCUCUCAUCCCCUCUCCUACACUCUAA